AUGAUGUUAGCUUCAGGAUCAGGUGAAGAGGGAACCCGGUUUUUGCUGCUCUCGCUUCUGCUCUUCGCUCCUCAGGAGACCGGGAGCCGCCAGGUCCACUACGCGGUCCCGGAGGAGGCCAAGCACGGCACCUUCGUGGGCCGCAUCGCGCAGGACCUGGGGCUGGAGCUGGCGGAGCUGGUGCCGCGCCUGUUCCGGGUGGCGUCCAAGGGCCGCGGGGACCUCCUGGAGGUAAAUCUGCAGAAUGGCAUUUUGUUUGUGAAUUCUCGGAUCGACCGCGAGGAGCUGUGCGGGCGGAGCUUGGAGUGCAGCAUCCACCUGGAGGUGGUGGUGGAGAGGCCGCUGCAGGUUUUCCAUGUGGAGGUGGAGGUGAAGGACAUUAAUGACAACCCGCCGGUGUUCCCGAGAACACAAAAGAAUCUGUAUAUCGCGGAAUCCAGGCCGCUUGACUCCCGGUUUCCGCUAGAGGGCGCCUCGGAUGCAGAUAUCGGGGUCAACGCUCUGCUGAAUUACAGACUGAGCGCCAACGAAUACUUCUCUCUGGAAGUACCGACCAACGACGACCAGGUAAAACCGCUUCAACUGGUACUAAAAAAACCUUUAGACAGGGAAGUCGCUUCGGAGCUCCUCUUGGUGCUUAAAGCAACAGAUGGGGGCAAACCUGAGCUGACAGGUACUGUAGAAGUACAGGUCACAGUGCUGGAUGCAAAUGACAACGCCCCAGUAUUUGACAAAGCAGUCCAUCGGGUAAAGCUACUGGAAAAUACAAGGAAUGGCACGCUGGUUCUUAGACUUAACGCCUCGGAUUUGGACGAGGGUUCAAAUAGCCGCAUUCUUUACUCCUUUGCAAGUGAUGUCUCCCCGGAUACAGCAGCAACUUUUUGCAUAGAACCAGUCACUGGAGAAAUAAAAGUAAAUGGAAAAAUAGAUUUUGAAGAAACUCAAUUAUGGAAGCUUCAAAUAGAAGCAGUUGAUAAUGGAAGUCCCCCGAUGUUUGGUCACUGCACCAUCUUGGUAGAAGUCGUGGACAUCAAUGAUAAUGCUCCGGAGCUGCUAGUGACUUCACUCUCACUUCCGGUUCCUGAGGACGCUCUACUGGGGACCGCCAUCGCCUUGAUUAGUGUGACCGACCAUGAUGCCGGUGUCAACGGGCAGGUGACCUGCUCAUUAACACCCCAACCCCCCUUCAAGCUGAUGCCCACCUUCAAGAAUUACUAUUCGCUGGUGCUGGACAGCGCCCUGGACCGGGAGAGCAUGUCGGACUACAUUGUAGUAGUAACUGCGCGGGACAGGGGCUCACCUUCGCUGUCGGCCACCACCAGCCUGUCCGUGGAGGUGGCCGACGUGAACGACAACGCGCCGCUGUUCGCGCAGCCCGAGUACACGGUGUUCGUGAAGGAGAACAACCCGCCCGGCUGCCACAUCUUCACGGUGUCGGCGCGGGACUUGGACGCGCAGGAGAACGCGCUGGUGUCCUACUCGCUGGUGGAGCGGCGGGUGGGCGAGCGCGCGCUGUCGAGCUACGUGUCGGUGCACGCGGAGAGCGGCAAGGUGUACGCGCUGCAGCCUCUGGACCACGAGGAGCUGGAGCUGCUGCAGUUCCAGGUGAGCGCGCGCGACGCGGGCGUGCCUCCUCUGGGCAGCAACGUGACGCUGCAGGUGUUCGUGCUGGACGAGAACGACAACGCGCCCGCGCUGCUGCCACAUGGGCCGAGCGGCGGGGGUGGCGCAGUGAGCCACUUGGUGUCGGGGUCGGUGGGCGCGGGCCAGGUGGUGGCGAAGGUGCGCGCGGUGGACGCGGACUCGGGCUACAACGCGUGGCUGUCCUAUGAGCUGCUGCCGGCGGCGGGUGGUGCGCGCAGCCCGUUCCGCGUGGGGCUGUACACGGGCGAGAUCAGCACGACGCGCGCCCUGGACGAGGCGGACGCACCGCGGCAGCGCCUGCUGGUGCUGGUGAAGGACCACGGGGAGCCGGCGCUGGCGGUCACGGCCACUGUGCUGCUCUCGCUGGUGGACAGCGGUCAGGCGCCUAAGGCCUCAUCGCGAGCUUCUUUGGGUGCCCAGGGCACAGGGACGGCGCUGGUGGACGUGAACGUGUACCUGAUCAUCGCCAUCUGCGCGGUGUCCAGCCUGUUGGUGCUCACACUGUUGCUCUACACAGCGCUGCGGUGCUCGGCGCCGCCCACCGAGGGCGGGUGCGGACCAGGGAAGCCCGUGCUGGUGUGCUCCAGCGCGGUGGGCAGCUGGUCAUUUUCGCAGCGGAAGCCGCAGAGGGUGUGCUCUGGGGAGGGGCAGCCCAAGACGGACCUCAUGGCCUUCAGUCCCAGUCUACCUCCUGGUUCUAGAGAUAACGGAGAGCAACAGGAGAUUUGCGGGAAUAUAUGUAAUAUCUUCAUCACCCUUGGGUAA